AUGGAGGGGGUAAAGAAAAAGGAAAAGAGACAGUACUUUUCCGAAGCGGAAAAGCAAGCUAUAUGUGAAAGAAACAAUCAAGAAUAUAUACAAAAUGGAAAGCGUCCAGGUUGGAGGGAGAUUGCCAGCUGGUUCGCUGAGACGCACAAUGGUAAAAAAAUAUCCCAAGCGGGGGUUAGCACAAUCCUUUCCAAGCGUUCUGCAGAUCUCUUAGGGCAAUCACUUUCUGCUCCGCAGGCUGUCAGCAAGAGGAGGAGAGCUGUAUACUGGCCUAAACUAGACGAUGCCCUUUUUGAAUGGCACAUGCGCAUGCAAGGUCGUGUAACGAUCACCGGGCUGGUCAUUAAAGAAAAAGCAGCGGAAUUUUUUCCUCUGAUUUAUCCAGGAGAGGAAGCACCUAAAUUCUCUGACGGGUGGCUUACAAUCUGGAAAAAGAGGCAUUCAGUCAAACAGAUCGUCCAACAUGGGGAGGCGAGUGAUGCACUUCGACACCAUUGUGUUCUUGCUCUCGAUGAAAUGAAUAGCAUACGUCAAUUAUUAGAAGAUUACCACCUACAAGAUAUUUACAAUUUCGACGAAACUGGAUAUUUCUUCCGAAUGCAGCCUGAUAGGCGGCUCUCUACAACUUCAAUGGAGGGUGAAAAAAAAGAUAAACUCAGGAUUACUGUUGCACUAACGUGCAAUGGUACUGGAUCUCAUAAGCUACCGCCUUGGAUUAUUGGUAGAGCUGAAAACCCGAGGUGCCUCAAAAAUAUCAAUAGAGACUCUUUAGGUGCUGUCUAUCGCUUCAACGAGACAGCCUGGAUGAAGCAUGAUAUUAUGGUGGAGUAUUUGCAUUGGUUCGAUCGUAAAAUGAGAGGACGGAAAGUGGUAUUAUUGAUGGAUAAUUUUUCAGCCCACGAGUUAGGAGUUAGACUUAUUGGAGGUGAAAAAGCAUUAGAAAAUACUCUAAUUGUCUGGCUCCCGGCGAACACUACAUCAGUUUGGCAACCGCUCGAUCAAGGGAUUAUACAGGCUUGGAAAGCUCAUACGAAACGGCAUCAAAUAAGACAUCUAGUCCGAGAGGUUGAAAGAACACCUGAGGGAGGAAAGAUACCUAAAGCAACACUUUUACAAGCUAUCCGUUGGGCUGUGGAGGCAUGGAAUACCGACCUUAAACCAUCUACUAUCUUCAACUGUUUUACAAAAAGCACCGUCAAAUUUUUCGGUCCUAUUCAACUACGACAUGAAGGAGACAACCCUGAACCACUGUUGAACGUAGAAGGGGCGGAAAUUGAAGCUAUUAUAGCGGAAGUACAACAGGAUAUGGAAUUCCUACAAGGGGUGAAUCAUUUACCUCUCGGAGAUGAUAUUAACCUUGAUGAAUUUUUCAAUCCAAUUGAAGAACGGGUGGAUGAUGAGUUGAAUCAAAUAGAGCCUAGCAUCUUGAACCAUUAUCUCCCAAUCAACAAGGAGGAGCAACUAAUUUGGGAGGAAGCCGACUCGGAUGAGCCUGAAAAGCCUGAAGAAAUACCUCAGCUCAAAGUCACAACACCCGCUGCCUUUGAACACCUCAAACAACUAGAGCUUUACUUCUUGCAAUCUGAGGACUCUGAUUCGGUCUCAGCUGUCUUAACUGGGCUAACCAAUGCGAGAAGGGUGUUGGAAGAUAAAAGAAAAGAGCAACUGUUACGGCAACCUCAGCAAAAACUCACAGACUUUUUUUCACCUACCAACCGGGUCUUUUCCCAUCCCUAG